AUGCUGCAAAGCACUUUACAGGUUGGGCAGCAAGCUUUCCCUGCUGACAAUGAAAGUGUUGUUAGAGGGCAUUACAUACUUGCAAUUCAAGACCGGGAUUUUAACUACAACCAAAUCUCGAUAACUCAAAAUCCCAAGGCACCAAGUAAAGCCUUCAAGCCUCCAGAAUGUCCCAUCAUUGAACAAAGAUCCCAAGCUUUCUUUCCUCAAAUUAUAGAACGGGUUCCUUCAAACUUAUUUCACACACGUUCAUAUCAGAAUGAUCAUCGACGUGAAAUUCUUGAAAUCAGGGAAAGAGAGAGAUUAUUAAACCGGUACUACAGCAAUGCACACCACAGAUAUGAUCACUACAGUCAUGUAGACAGAAGGCCUUUUCUAAAUCAAAACUACACAAGUCUUCCUUAUAAUAUGGUUCGAAUAAAGAGCUCUAAUGGUGAUCAGGAAGCUAAUGACUUCGCUGAGGAUGAUGAAGGCAACCAUGAAUGUCAUAAUUUGCAUCAUGAGCCUGGAAUGUCUAGUCGAGAUCUCUCAUCAUCUGAUGAACAUCGUAAUGGUACACUGCAAAAUGGUGCCACAGGAGUUCAUGAAUCCAAUGGGAUUUCCUCCUUAGGAGCCACUAUUUAUCAGGGAGAAUGGCCAAUGCACAGAGCACUCUGGAUGAGUGGACCUAGUAGUAUUGGUGAAAAGGAUCCCUUAGAUUGCUUCGGUGGAGACGAUACUGAAAGUAUUAUGAGCUUUAGCUCCACAACUGCAACAAUGAGCUCUCGUCGCCCACAUACUCACCAACUGGGAACGAAGGUUGAAAUGGUCUACUCAUUAUUAUCCAUGUUGGGUAGUUGUAACAAGGAAGACAUGAGUCGAACUCUUCUCGAAAUGUCUAACAACCAAGAUAGCUGCAUAGCUAUGAGGCAAUCAGGCUGCUUGCCCCUCUUAAUUCAACUUCUCCAUGGAAGUGAGCAAGAUCAGGCAUUGCCAGAACAGAAGAGUACAGAAAAUGUCAAGUGGGCUGUAAGAGAGGCAAGGAGGAGAGCAAGCCAAGCACUGCAUAACAUAGUCCAUGCGCAUCCAGAUGACAGAAGGGGCCGAAGAGAAGCUAGAGUCUUACGGCUUUUGGAACAGAUUCGCGAUUAUUCUGACUUUCUCAGGGAUUUGGACUCCAGCAAUGUGGAUUUUUCACGCAAUGAGAAUCUGGAUUUGCAUCCUGGACCUGCUAUUGCUGCAUUAAUGAAACUGUCUUUUGAUGAAGAGCAUCGACAUGCAAUGUGUCAGCUUGGUGGCUUGCAGGCAAUUGCCGAAUUGAUUCAAGCUGAUCACGAAGUUCAUGGCAAUACAAGUGACCAAUUCUGUGUGACUGUUCGGCGAUACGCUGGAAUGGCAUUGACCAACUUAACUUUUGGCGACGGUACAAAUAAAGCUUUACUAUGCUCCAUGAAGCCUUUCAUGCAAGCCUUAGUAGCUCAGUUACAUUCUCCUAGUGAAGACCUCCGACAAGUUACUGCAAGUGUGUUACGUAAUUUGUCUUGGAGAGCUGAUACUUCAAGUAAACAAAUUCUGCGAGAAGUGGGAGUUGUUUCAACUCUUACAAAAGCAGCAAUGGAAGCCAACAAAGAAUCUACCUUGAAAAGCAUUUUAUCAGCUUUGUGGAAUCUCUCUGCUCAUUGCAGUAUGAAUAAAGCUGAUAUAUGUGAGAUAGAUGGAGCUCUAGAGUUUUUAGUUUCUACCUUAACUUACAAAAGUAUGUCAAAUACCCUUUCUAUAAUUGAAAACGGCGGUGGUAUCCUUCGAAAUAUAUCCAGCCACAUUGCUGUUAGGGAAGAUUACAGAGCAGUUUUAAGGAGGCAUAAAUGUUUACAGACACUUUUAAGUCAUUUAAAAUCCCCUAGUCUCACAAUAGUUAGCAAUGCAUGUGGUACUUUAUGGAACUUAUCUGCCCGCAGUGCAGAAGAUCAGCAAGCCUUAUGGGAAAUGGGAGCCGUCGGUAUGCUUCGAAAUCUUGUGCACUCAAAGCAUAAAAUGAUUUCUAUGGGUAGUUCAGCAGCUUUGAAAAAUCUUUUGGCUGCGAAACCAGAAGGAAUGGGCAUUAGUUUGAGCAUACCCACUGAAAAUGGACAUCACCAAAAUGGAACAACAUCUAACAUGCCCAGUUUACUAGUCAGAAAACAAAGAGCUUUAGCAGCUGACAUUGAUGAAAAUCUUUCGGAAACCUGUGAUAAUAUUGAUAGUCCAAAAACAAGUCCUACACCACAUAGUGACUUUUGUAAAAAAUUUACGUAUGAAACAAAUGGAACAAGUUAUUUAGAUAAGAGACCACAGUAUUUGUCCUAUUUACCUGGAAGAAUGUAUCACAGUAUCAAUGGACAGGUAGGCUCACCAGUACAUGUACCUCGAUCAGAAAGCAAAGACAGUCUGGGCAGCACACGUUCUGAGCCACCUCACUACAAGGCCCAAAGAGAAAGAUUUAAGAUUUUUAUCAACAAUAAUCGUACAAUGGCCUUGGACAGUAGAACUGUGCAAGAGAAACCUGCUGAGUGGAAAGAAAAAACUAACCUACCUUUUGAAAACAAUAGCAAUGUAGUUUUACAGUUAUUUAGACACUUGCAAAAUGGUCAAACUGUUCAAAAGCAGACUGGUGCUGAUGUUGAUGUAGAACAAUGUAUCGUACCUGAUGCAGAAGAAAAUAAGCCGGUAGUAAGACCAAAUAGCUUACCACCGCCAAAACGAGGUGUUUGGAACGUUAGAAGUAAUAGGUAUAACAGUCACCAUAUUCCUCAUAACAAUAUGCAUUUUCCGUCUACAGAAAAUGGAUUUUCUUACUUGAGAAGUAAUGGAUAUACGUGUGAAAAGAAUGGCUUUGGACCUAAGAAGAUUGAUACUGCUGGAGAGAGUAUCAGCACAGAUGUUUCCAAACUACUUGAAAUUCCUGGAAAUCGAAGAGCUUAUGCCCCUGAUAAGAGUUUUCUCUGUGAAAGAUCAGAAAAUGAAGCCAGUGGCAGUCCUGCUCAAUGCAAUGGUUUUAGAACAAGUGAAAGCAUUGUAGAAUCAUCAGAAACUAGGGAGCCAAUAAAAUCUACUGUUGUAUUGAGAAAAAAGAAAAACAGUAAUACUCUAUCUUCAUCCGUGAUUUUAAGUAGAGAUACAGAGGGAGAUGAAACAAGUGUUGAUCAAACUCCUCUAGCAGUAUCACGUUGUAGUUCUUUAAGUUCUCUUACCAGCUGUUUUCAACAUUCAGCUAGAAGUUCAUGGCUUAGUGAUGUAAGCCAAAGAACAAGUGCUGUGAUCUCCCCAACAGAUUUACCAGAUUCACCAAGUUACUGUCCUUCUGAUGGGAAGCCUCCAAUAUUUGAAUUUACUGACAAAGUUCCUGAUGCUGAUGCCCACAGUUUGAUCAAACCUAAGCCAGCAUGGCCCGUGAGCUCUGCCCCAUCAAGUGAUUCGCUACCUAGCUCAGUAAAGAGAAUGUCAUUGGACAGUGAUGUUUUUACCUACUCUAACGAAUGCAAUGCUUCUGUUACUGAUCAUUCCCAAACUAAUGAAACUCUUGAAUCACCUGAAUCUCUAAAAACACCCCCCGCAAGGCCUCAGAACUCUCCAAUGUCUCCUGAAGAGAAGGAAUUACGUUCUAGUGGUGAAAGUUCCGGCUCUUUAGGAAACAAUGAAGAGAAUGAAGAAAAUGAGUUUGCUGCAACUUGUAUUAAUUCUGGUAUGCAAAAUAACAGUGGCGAAGUUCUUCACAACAAUAGCAUACUGCACUCAAAAGUAAAUAACCUUUGUUCUUCGUUGUCAUACACAAGAAGUGGAAUCCCAGUAAAAGCAGGCAUUAAUUCGAGAUCUAGUCUCAACUUUUCAUCGACGAAAUCUGCUGUGACAGCUGGUCUACCAUCUUCCCAUUUUAAUAUUCAACCUGCACACCCAAAAUCUAUUAACUCUCAUACAUCCAACAAUUCCAGAACUACAAAUGCUAUGUGUGAUGAUAAUGAUAAUCUUUUGUUUGGCAGUAGUAAUGUUAAUUCAGUCAAGAAUGAGCAACAGUUCAUUGAAUCCAAAGCUACUUCUGUUGCCAAGUCAAAGAAAAUUGUGCCAUCGGAGCACAACUUCUCUGAAGGUGCUAGAAGUAGUAUUCAAGCAUUUGAAUCUAAGUGUUUAAAUGUCUGCAAGAAAUAUCCUGCUCUGAGAGAAAAGUCUGGAUUUAGAAUGGAAAACAGGCAGCGAGAUGGAGCUUUAGCAACAUUGAGUUUGUCUGCAUCAGAUUCUAUAACCUGCUCUAGAGAACAGGAUACCAUCUCAAGAAUGACAGCUUCCAUUGAUGGCAAAUCAAAAACAGCCAUUCCUCAAAUUGUCCGUCCUGGCAAUCCUCAUUUCGAUAGUGAGCAACACCCAAAACAGCUUCAUAUUAAAUCUCAGAAUUUACCAAUUUAUAAAAGAAAUAAUUCAAACACCACCACCAAUCAAGAACUUGAUCCAAAAUGCACAGCAGAAAAUACAAGUUCAGCUGAAGAAAAUGUUUCUGAAGAUAUUCUUAGUAGUAGUCCAUCUGCCCGUGAUGAAUCAGAGGAUAACGACUCUGACGAUGCUUUGGCCAGAAUAGCAGGAACUAAGUCUUCCGAUUCUGUUCUGCGUAACAACAGAGUGAAAUCUAGGAAAAGUAAAGCUAAUAGACGUUCGAUGGAAAUACGUCCUCCUUCAGAACAGUCCAGUGAAGAUGACAACAAGAAUUUAUUUAAUUUGACAGCUCCAUCUUAUGCUUCAUGUAAUAGUCUUUCAAAUAGAAGAGAAGAAAAGGAUAAAGAAGAUCAAAACACAAAAGAAAACUUCUACAGAGGUAUUAUUCCUGAUUUAUUAGAAGGAGCUGCUUUCCAUGAUGAUUUCUCUGGUUGUGAUAGUGACAGGGUAACUCAAAAUUCCGUUUCAAAAGCGAGCAAAUCUAAAAUCAUGACCGAGUCGAUGGAACUACGAAAAGGGGCCUUAAUGAUUGCAGCAGAACUGGAAGAUAUAGUUGAUGACUGUACCCACAGCAGUACAAGUUUUGAUUUAGAUAAUAUGAAACCCCCUUCAUGCAUGGCUGAAAUGAGCAUGACUAGCAGUGGGUUGUCCGAUUUGUUUUCAAACGGCAAUGGGUGUUACAUUAAUGGAAAACAUGCAAUUGACAGGAGAAGGAAUAACAAGAGGUCUAAGAAAAUAAAUGGUGGACAUAGGUUUGUCUUAAAAUCUGUUAGACAGACUUUAGUUAACAACUUAGAAGCACCCAAACAAAAAGCUUAUUUAGAUAAACCAAUAUCAACAUCAACCUCCUUGGAAAACAUAAGCAUGAAAAGCAGUGGUACAUCAGAUCUUAUCGAGAACGUUAAUCCACCUUCAAUACUAGAUGAUAUAUCCAUGACAAAUAGCUGUGCAAGUUUAAAUAGCAUUAGUUCAGAUAUCUUGGAAAGUAGGUCUCAUUCUUUAGCAGAUCCUAGAAGUAGUUCAGAAAUGUUUCAACGCUUAAAUGCAGCAGCUGCUAUGGUACAAGUAUAUUCAAGAGAAUUUUCCAACAUAAUGACUGGGAGUAUGAAAAGUAGUUGUAACUCUGAAUGCUUAGAUCUUGUGAAACCGCCUUCAAUUUUCCAAGAUAUUGCAGAAGUUACAGUUGAAGAUGGUACUGAAGUUAUGUCGGAUCCUUUGGUUUCUGAUUUUGAGCUUGAAGAAGAGCUUCCUCAUGAUGAUGAAGCUUCUGUACCAUCAACAGAAACAGUGCACUCGCCCUUUCUUCAAUCCUUACAAAAUAUUGAAGGCAGCAGUGAGAACUUAAAUAGCUCCAUUGAUGGGGAUAGCUUUAUUGAUAGAGAACAUUUUCCUGCAAAAAGAAUUAGUAGUUUGGCACUUGGAUCACAAAAUGACCUUGAUUUUAGAACUGAUGUUAAUGCUUCCAAUUCUUUCUCUACCUUUGUGCAUGAUGAUUUUGUUUCUGGUAUGGAGGGUAAUACAGAUUUUAAUAAAUACACAAAAGAAUCUACAGAAGAUGACGAAGUACCCGCAGCUUCACCUUCUGUUCGAAGAGGUCCUCGGAUCGUAAAACCCAUUAACCGUGAGACAGUACGCCAAAUGCAAGAGAAGAAAAAUGCUGAAAAAUCAAUUAAAUCUAUAAAAGGUAAAGUACCUGCAGUCAAGCAAAGGAAUUUAUUCCAGCAAAUAACAACUGCAAGGUUAAAUGUAACCAACAGGACUGCAGUUGCUAAAACUUCUUCACCAGUUGUAAGUGGUGUUAGGCCUACCAGGACAUCAGCACUACGAGCAUCUCAAAAUAAACAAUCUAAUAUUAAAGCAAAUGGUGGCAGAACAUCUCCUAGAUCUUUUCUGAGCAAACCACCACCUAUUAAAACUGUUCCAAAGAUUAAUAGACAAAAUAAUAUUCAAACAAACAGUGCAAUGAACUCGACUAAAGUUCAGCUCGACAGUGCUGAUACAAAAAGACCUCAGCCGCUAGUGAAGCAAGGAACAUUUGUUAAAGAAGAAACUGUCACUAGAACAACCGAAACAAAUACAAAAGUGCCAUUAUUAUCUCCUUCUUCUGAUGUUGACUUAUCUUUACAACAUUCUAGUGAUGAUCAAAAUAACAAUGAUAAAAGUAUAGCCCAAAACGUAUCUGUAAAUGGACAAAAAGUUGUAGAAAGAAAAAUUUCUGCCCCUUUUGGAACUGCUAAUAACUUAACAACUAAUCAUAAUUUGCAGAGAAAACUGAGUGCUCCUAUCCAGAGGAGAAUUGGAGAAAGAAAUAGUCUAGUCCUGUCUCCUAGUUCGCACAGCUUAAGUCAAGAAGAUAAAAGCACCAAGAAAAUUCCAGAAAAGAAAAGUCCAGGUAAUGGCAGCUCAAUAGGAAAAGGAUCUUCGGCUGUUGGUAGCCGUACAGCAAGUACAAAUAGUCUAUCUUCCUUGUCUUCCACUAGUUUAUCAGUGAAAAAAUCAAAUUCACAAAAAGAUGUGCCAAGCAAAAUCUCCUCAAUCUGGAAACGCAGUGAAAGUACUAGCUCCUCUGCUAAUAGCCCCGUCACAGACAAUUCUAAUGCUGACAAAAAUCCUUUUGGUAGUUUCCGAAGCAAAGCUCCAAUUCCUAAAAGUACUCUUAGCAGAUGCAAUAGUGCAACACCAACAACAUCCUACAGAAAGAAUAUUCCCAGAAGUUCUACAUAUGAAAAAAUUUCAAAACCUGCAGACAAUGCUAUUGAAAGUGUGAAACCAAAGCAGCGGUCUACAUCUGAUGGUGCUGCAAAGAUUAAACCCAUUUCCAAUUCGAACAAAGCAACUUUCAAGCCAAAGACACAGUACCCGACACCUAAAGCAACUGGUGGGGCAAGGAUUGUGAAACCAGUUACGCCAAGGCCAAAACCAAACGCAAUAACCUCAAAAACUUUACGGCAGUCUUCUAAUUUCACACCUACAAAUUAUAAUUCCUUCACAAGCUCAGCACACACCACUUGCAUUUCAAUUGAAAGGGGUAACAGAAAUCGUCAAGAUCCGAAGGUUUCUAUACCACUUGUCACUGCACCUUUUGCAUACUUAAGUUCUGAAACUAAAAGUGAUGAAAAGGAAGAAGUGUGUACUGAAGACAAUAAUAAUUCCUCAGAGCAUGUGAAUGGGGUUGGUAGGGAGAGUGGAUCUGAGCAUAGUGAUGUUGAUGUCUAAUGAGUGAAAUGCCUUUCAAGUUUUUACAUUUUUUUAAGCAACUCUAAUUUGAGUAUAUUUAUAUUUCUUAAGCUUGAGCAGAGUGUGUGAUACAGCAUGCGUAGUUCCCCACACAGACAGCCUUCUCUCCCAUUCUUUUUUUAUUUAUUUUCAGCUAACUACAACUGGAAUUGUAGAGGUUUUGAUAAUUUACACUAUAGGCAGCUAAUGUGUUGAUAUUUUUUACUCUAGUAAUGGGAUUUUGUUGGCUGGUGAAUUGUUGGAAAUCAUCCCUUUUAAAGGCAAUUCAAGAUUUGUUGUUGUUAAUGAAUGCUAAUUAUGUUCAAACCAUCUGCUAAGAAAACAGCCCUUGACUACAGUGGAAAAUAAUAAGUAGCUAAGAAAACUUUUUCAAGGCAACUUGAUGAAGGUUAAACAAUGUAUCAACCUCAUCAAUGUAUUUUGUUCAAUGAAAACACAAAGGAAAAAGCUUCUAGAAGGCUUCUAGCAUUCACGUUAGAGAAUGAGCACUUAAUGUAAUGUUACGAUCAAACAAAACUGUGGCAAAACUAGGCGCCAGGGGAAAAUUUUAGAUGCCAGAAUAAAAAUGUAUCAGAAUUUAUAGAAAACUCAGACCGACUUUGCCCAUAAAACGAUCAGUCGCCAAGGUAAUUACUUUGCUCACCUGGGAUUUAUUGGACAUUAGUUAUAAUAGACAUAUUAAACUUAGCACCAGGAACAAAUUGAUUGAUCUUCAAAAAAAAAAAAAAAAAUCCAUUGCUUGUAGUUAAAGGUAAUUAACAUUAAUAUUACAGAAUUAUACACGUACCACUAAGAAAAGCUGUAACCACAGUUUAUGGUCAAGGCUGUUGAUAAUAAUAGCAGGUGGUUUUACAAAAGUUACUUUAAAAAUUAAGUGAAAUGAAAAUAGUAACGUAAAAAACUCUAUUGGCAUUAAAAGCUUCAAUCCUGCGAUUUUCAACAACAAUUUUGAAAAGUGGAGAAAAAUUUAAUACAGGCAAAAUUAUAGUUCUCAUAAAUUUAAAUUUCACUUUUUUUUUCUUUUUUCAUUGAUCUUUAAUAUAUAUUUUGCCAUUUAAAAAAUUUUACUUAAGUAUUAUUUACAAAUUGAUUUUGUAAAUCUUAUUCUUGAAAAGCAUAUUGCUGUAUAUAUCUAGUCUUUUUCUGUUUACCCUGAGUACGACGUAUAGAUUUCUUUUAAAAGCGAUUACUUGGAUUUUUAUUAAGUUAAUGUUUUGCAAAGCAAUUAUGUAUUGCAUUCAUAAAUAUGAGUUGCACCCACAUUCAUUUGUAUAUUUCAUUUCAGAUUGUGAUAUUUUUAUUAAUGUUUCAUCCAAGCAUGAAGAAAAAUAAUAUUUUAAAGUAUUGUUACAUAAGUUUUUAAGCUAACGAUUUUUGUGGUAAAUAGAACACUAUUUGUAAGUUUGUUUGAAUAGUUAAAUGGAGAAAGUUGCUUGAUAAAAAUUAGAUGUUACACAUUACAUUCUUAGCUAUGUUAAUCUUUAACAUUUUUACUGUAUACUUUUAUUGCUCACACCUUUUUUACAUUUAAAAAACAUAAUUAUUGAAUUUUUAAUUAUUAAAUUAUGAUCUAACAGGAUUUUCGCGUGUAAAUGCAUAAAAAAUUAGCUUCAUAUUGCAACUACAAUUAAAUUUUUAAUUUAAGUAAAUUUCAAGAAUUUCAAAUUUGUAAUAUUUUUACUAUAAUGUAUUUAGCAAUAAAUGCAAUUCUCAAUCCCUCCAAAACUUAAAUCAAACAAAAAUGUAAAUAUUUCCAAAUAGACACAGCAAUUUUUAAAUUAACAUUAGUUCUAUAUUUUUAAAUUUAAAUGUUCCUAAAAAAAUCUUAUCAACAAUAUUUCCAAUUGGUAUAUUCAAUGUUUAAAAAUUUCUUUGUAAAAAAAUCAUUGAACAUCCAAGCAAAACUAUGUUAGACUAUCAAAAUAUUUGUUGUUACCAGUGGACUACUGAAGAACAUAUUCAAGUUAAAAAUAGUGCCAUGAAAUGUUUUAUUAUUAGUUGCGUAUAGCUGUACGAACUACUACCUUAAAUGUUUUAUGUAUAUUAAGUUGUAUAUUUAAUUUAUUGUCUAUCAACUAUAUGUUGGUAACAUUUGAUACUAUUUCACUAAUAUAAGCAAGAAUUUAAUUUAUGAAAUAUUUUCAGCAUGUAUGGUUGUGAUAUGUUAAAUAAAAAAUUUAAA